ACAUUCUAAUGUUAAGUAAUCUAUAAAAUUUGUUAAUUCUACGAAAAGAUUUUUUAAAAUAAUGCUAACAAUUAAGAAUAUACAUAUAAAAUUUUUAAAUAUUUAAUAUGGCUCUAUCAACGGAAUUACUGAAGCGCCUUGAUACGAACGAAGAACCUUUAGCAAAACGUUUGAAAUUGGCAGAAAAUGUUUUUUGUACUGCUGACAUACCAAUAGUGCGCAAAGAAGAUCUCAUCCUACAGUGGUUUUGUGAAUCAUGUUCCAUGGAUAAAAAUGUUUGGGUUUCUUUAAAGAGCUGUUUACAAACUACACAUUUGGAUGUUAAAGUGGAUGUGAAAAAGUUAUUGAUUAAUGUGAUUAUUGAAAAAUUACAAAAAGAUGUAGAAAAUGUACACAGUGGUAUUUUUGAAUGCUGUAGAUUAUUGGUUUCGAAUAAUGGGAUGCAACAGUAUUUCAUUAAUGAACCAAAAGAUUUAGGACUUUUGGUAAAGUCUUUAUUGAAUUAUGUAUUUAAACUUUAUAAACAUACCUUUAAUAUUAAAGAACAAUCAGCGGAUGGAAUAGAUAUAGCAUUAAUUAACAAAAGCAAUGGAUUGAUAUUGAUCACAUACAACAUUGUAAUUAAUGUUAUAGAAAGUAUAAUACAAAUUUUUAAAUCAGCUUUUAUGACAAAAAAUACAUUAAGAAAUGUAUUCAUACAUGAUAUUUUGUAUCCUUUAUGUGCUAUAAUUGAUCAUAAAUGCACCAAUAAUAUGAAUAGACUGGGAGCAGUAGCUCAUAAAUGUGUUCAACAAUUAGUAUUUGGAAGAAUACAUGCACAACGUGAAAUAUUUUUAAAGGAUGACAACACAGAUCACUUUGCAGAUUUAUUACCUACUUUGACUGAAAAUGCAAGAACAAAAGAUCUUCAUAGUAAUUUAACGACAUUUGUUUUUAUUUUUCGUGCUGCAAUAGGUGUUUAUAAAUCGGACAGUGUUGUAUUGGAUUUAAUUUUGCGAGAAUUAGUAGAAUGUGCUGGAACUUAUAGAAAACAAAUUUUAAAUUCCCUUUUGAAGAAUUUGAAUGAUAUAGCAUUCGAUUUUGAUAAUGAAGUACAUGGUAUUACGUUAUUUGAGUAUUGCCAAAAUGUGGUAAACAGUAUUUUAUUAAAUAAAAAUAUGAGCAAUGUAGAUUAUGAUCUUCUUACACAAUUUUGCUAUUUUAAUCCUCUCAUAAUUGAGAAAAGAAUUCAAGAUAUACUGAGAAAAGUAUUUGUUGGAAGUCCAACAUUGGAAUAUACAAAUUUAAUGAUUGCUAUUCAAAAUGCUACUAUACAAUUACGGCAAGAGGAAAAAUUAAUUUCAGCAAUAUUAGUAGCUUUAAAACAUUCUUUGAAUCAGAUUUCAAAUACAAAAUCUAAUAUGUUUUUUCCGCAAGAAUUCAAAGAAAUGUUUUUGAAAUCAUUGAGUGAUAUUACAAUUUUACAAAGUAUAGCUAUAUUAAAAACAUUGAUAUAUCAUUUAAAACAUGACUGCAUGGAAGUACUACAAUCUAAUGACACAUGUAAAAAUAUUUCAUUUAUGCAAUCAACUGUUGAUUUACUUGUUACAUUUUUAGAUGGUUUAUGUAUUUUCGAAUAUACAGGAACAUUAACUUCUCAUCAAAAAUUUAUAAACGCCUUUGACGACUUAGGAAGUGUUUUAUCACUUCUAACAGAUCAAGUUUUACAUUUAAACCACAGCAAGAAAAUUAUUAUAAUAUUAUUAGCUGCAAUAUUUUCAUGGAAUGAAACACAAAUGGCACUGAAAUAUUAUGUGCCAAAAGUUGCAACGCGAGAUUUAAGAUUUCCAAUAUCUCAAAUUCAGUGGCAGCAAUUGAUUCAAAGAAUAACAAAUUUUGGCAAAGACAGUUGCAAAAACAGCAUGAAUAAACUUAUUUUACAAAGAAUUAAAAUGUCCCAAAAUACAGUAAAUGACUCUUCCAUUAAACUUAAUAGUUUGAUAGGUGGCUUAGAAUACUCUUGGCCCACUAUAUUAAAGCUUGAUACAGAAGUAAUAUCGUUCUUGUCUAACGAAGAGAUGUCGAAAGUAACAUAUUUAUUAUUAGUAGAUAUGACUUCUAGCAUGGGUAAUUUUUGUGAAUGGAUGAAAGUAUUGCAUGAAGAUAGCCUACAAGGAAACAGGAGAUUCAUAAUAUCUUUUUUAUGUUGUAUUGUUAAACACAUUGCGCAUUUGAUAACCAAUAGAGUGACAAAAUCGUUAUGUAAAAAUUUUGUUACUGAAACUCUACUCAGAGGUGAAAGUGCUGAAAAUCAAGAUGUAAAUGAAAUAUUGAUAUCUAUGAGAAAAGAAUUCUUGAAAGAUAAAUGGGUACAGAUUGAAAGUGCAUCAUUAUAUAAAAUAAAAAUGUAUCUGGAAAUAUUACUUCAUAUACCUUUGAUGUUUUUGAGUACCCGUGUAAGGUCAAUAAUAUUUAUAAUUGUAUUUGCUCUCAGAAAAGAAUGUGAUGGAAAUGAUGAAAUAAUUUCCUUAUGUAAUAUGAUAUUCACAGAUCUUUUAGAAAUGUCUGGUCUCGACAUGUUUCGAUAUAUAAAUCCUUCUUUAUUAUUGGACCAGUUACCACAAAAUAGAAAUAUCCAGAAAACUGUGGAACUAUCUCUUAGAAACGAUUUAUCGUAUACAAUGUUAAAAACACUUAUAAAGUCUUCCAUAAAUUCUAAGAAAAACAUUCAUUUUAUAUUAGAAUCUAUAGAACAUGUUAAACCAAAAUUAAAUGUUGACCAAAAGGCAAUAGUUAAAAAAGCAGCAGAAAAAUUAAAUAAAAUUAUAAUAAAGAUGCUACCAUCAAAAAUGACAGAAACCGACGAUGUGAAAAUAUUAAGUAUAUUAUUAAAAAUAAGUAUUCCUAAUGAAGAUAUUGAUGAAAAAUUAAAAAGUGCAACAGAGCUAAUACUUGGUGAUAUAUUUCUGCAGAAUGAUACUGAUAGAAGUGAGUUGUUGAAGGACGGUUUAUGCUUAGCAGUUCUUGUUCUUCACAAUCGAAAAAUAUUUCAAGUGACCAACCAAAUUGUAAGAGGUAUAUGGUAUGCUCUAUUGAAGUAUCCAUGUACAGACGUACUUUUACCUCUGUUUGAAUCAAGCAAACCACAAGAAUUCAAUGAAUUUUUAGAAUAUUUGCAUGAUCACAUGGUAAAAAUUCUUUCAAACGUACAAAAAAAUGACUUGGAAAAUGUUUGCAUUAUAUGGCAUGCUAUAUUGAAAACAAAUAUGUCUGCCGACCGAAAUAAAUUACGUUUAACUGCAAUUAAUAAAUUAUUACAAGCAGUACAAAUUAUAAACAUACCAGACAAAUUUUGGCCAAGUUUAUUAAAAUUAAUUCAGAGUAUUCUUGCCACUAAACAUUUAUAUCUUCGUGGUAAUGUGAUUGAUAUGAGUAUAUUUCUCGGUUUAAAAUCAUUGCAAGAAACAACAAUAACAACGUGUAACGAUGCACUGACAUUAUGUAACACGCUAUUAAAAAUGAGAACAGAUCUAAUCUCAGAUAGACUACCCGCAUUAUUGGUAUUCUAUAGACGUAUACUAAAUGUUGUUGUACAAAAAUCCAAAGCUAUAGUCGAUAAAUCUGAAGAUCACACAUUUAAAUGUCUCGCAUUGGAUAUAGAGAAAUUUACGAGUUCUUUGAUAAAACUGAAAAAAGAUAUGAUUCGAUUAAGUCCGUACGUAAUAGCAGAUUUGUUGGAAUUGUUUUCAGAAGCUUUAAUAGCAACUUCUGUUAAGAUUUCUAUUCAGAAUUGUAUAAAUUUAUUAAUUAGUAUAUGCGAUCAACAUGGAAUAGCUUUAUUAUCUCGUACGCUACCAGUUUCAAUGCAAGAGAUUUUCAAAACUCAACUAGAUCUAUUUAAUAAAUUUUAUAAAUUUUCAGGGAAGGUUUAACUUCUGCAGGAAGAAAUGUAAAAUUAUAAUGUAAAACAAUUUUAGU